AUGGUCAUGGUCGUGGUCGUGGUGGUGGUGGUCAUGAUCAUGGUCAUGGUCUUGGUCUUGGUGGUGAUAGUGGUGGUCAUGGCCGGGCCUCGAACCCGCCGUCCGCCGGAAGCGCCCCUCCCACCACCAUCACCACACUUCCGGUCCAGCCCGGAAGCUGCGCGCGGCGGCGGAAACUGUCCCCGCACGGCCGCCGUCGCCCAGCCUGCGCGCUAUUGUGCCCGACCCCCCGCGCUUCCCCCGGUUCCCUUUCACUUCCGGGGCCGCGGGUUCCGUCACAACAUCCCGUUGGCUUUCCUCAGGCGGCGGGACCGCUGCAGCCGCCGCCUCCCCCGACCGCCCGACCCGCAGCUCGUGGCCAUGAUCGUCAACCACCUCAAGAGCCAGGGCCUCUUCGACCAGUUCCGCCGGGACUGCCUGGCCGACGUGGACACCAAGCCAGCCUAUCAGAAUCUGAGACAGCGUGUUGACAAUUUUGUGGCGAACCACUUAGCAGCUCAUACAUGGAGUCCUCAUCUCAAUAAGAACCAGCUAAGAAACAAUAUUAGACAGCAAGUCCUCAAAUCUGGAAUGUUGGAGUCUGGUAUCGACCGAAUCAUUUCUCAGGUUGUGGAUCCAAAGAUCAACCACACGUUCAGACCUCAAGUGGAGAAAGCUGUGCAUGAGUUCUUGGCCACGUUAAAUCACAAAGAAGAAGCAAGUGCGAGCACUGCUCUGGAUGAUGAGAAGCCCGAUUCUUCUGCCAUUACACAAGGUGUUGCUGCUCCCGGGCCCAGUGCUAAUGUAGCUAAUGAUGCCAUGUCCAUCUUGGAAACCAUAACUUCUCUUAACCAAGAAGCCAGUGCUGCCAGGGCCUCCACAGAAAUGUCAAAUGCCAAGGCCAGUGAGAGAGUGCCUAAAAAACUCCCAUCACAGCCCAGCACAGACACCACCUCCGAGAAAGAGAGGCCGUCAGAGGACAUGGCUGAUAAAGACCGAUCUCCCCCAGACCCUGCCGGGGAAGGGCCUGAAGCAUCCCCUAAGGCUGAAGAAUCCCUUGACCUCUCUGGUCCAGUUGAAGAAAUGAAAAACCAUGUAAAAGAGAGCAGUGGUUUAAUUCCACCCAGUAAGGAAGUCCAGCAAGAAAUCAGUGAACAGAAAAGUAAAUCUAUAGACAGAGCUGAGAAGAAGCCUGAAAGCAGUGACAAGGGGGAAAGGAAAAAAGAGAAGAAAGACAAGAUAGAGAAGAAAUCUGAUCACUCAAAACGGAGUGAGGAGAUCCAGAAGGUCAAAGAGGAGAAGCAAGGCAAGGAGAGAGAAGCAGAGGGCGCCAGAGCUCCCGCCGAGAAGAGCAGUAACAAAGCGAAAACUGGUGACGCGACUAAAGAAGAGUGCGCUUUGGUGGACUCUGACGUGGACGGCCUCACUGACAUCACAGUCAGCUCUGUCCAUACCAGUGACCUCUCAUCGUUUGAGGAAGACACUGAGGAGGAGGUGGUGAUGUCCGAAAGCACUGAAGAGGGUGAGAUUACCUCAGACGAUGAAGAGAAAAGCAAGCAGAGUAAAACAAAAACUCAAACCAGUGACGCUAGCGAAGGAAAAGCAAAGGGCGUUCGGCAAGCUUAUGUCCACAAGCCAUAUCUUUACUCCAAGUACUACAGUGACUCUGACGACGAACUAACUGUAGAGCAGCGGCGACAGUCCAUUGCUAAAGAAAAAGAAGAGAGGCUUUUAAGAAGGCAGAUCAAUAGAGAAAAACUUGAAGAAAAGCGAAAGCAGAAGGCAGAAAAGACAAAAUCUUCGAAAACUAAGAGUCAAGGCAAAGGUAAUGUGGACUUAGAAGAAUCAUCUGCAAAGCGUUUGGAACCCAAAGCCCCCAGAAUUAAAGAAGUCCUUAAAGAGCGGAAAGUCUUAGAGAAAAAAGUAGCCUUAAGCAAAAAAAGGAAAAAAGUUUCCAGGAAUAUUGAAGAGAAUUCUAAAAAGAAACUGCAGCCUGAAGAAGAGAUCAAAGAAAGUCUCAAAACAAAUGAGGUAUGUGAAAAGGACAAGGUGUCUUCUUCAAAAGAGCCGAAGCAUGUGCAUGUAAAAAGCGAGUUGAGUAAACCAGCCAGGAGGCUCUCUGAGUGUGCACAUUCUGUUGAGGAGAACAGAAAUGAACCCAGAGGGGAAAGAGAGCACAAAAGACGGACAUCCACCCCAGUUGUGGCGGAAGGAGCCCAGGAAGAGACCGACACGAGGGACGGAAAACGGCCAGUGGAACGCUCCGAAACCAUCACAGAAGAGCCUCCGAAACAGAAAAGCAUGCUGAAAACUGAAAGACAUCUGAAGAAGGAUGACUCUGACGCACCACAUUCAAAGAGCCUACCGAAGAAAGAGGUGAAAUCCUCCAAGGAAAAACCUGACAAGGAGAAAACGAUGUCAGAAGACAAGGUGUCGGUGAAACAUAAAUACAGAGGUGACAGUGGACAUAAGACUGGUGAUGAGACUGAGCUGCACUCUUCCGAGAAAGGUUUAAAAGUAGAUGAAAAUACUCAGAAGCAGAGCCAGCCCGCAAAGCCUUCUUCAGAUGACAAAGCUGAUCGGAAGAGUAAGCACAGGAAUGAAAGGAAAUUAUCCAUUCUAGGCAAAGAUGGAAAACCAGUUUCUGAAUAUAUCAUAAAAAGUGACGAGAAUGUCCGUAAGGAAAACAAAAAGGAAAGACACACAUCAACUGAGAAAACUAAGGCAGAACACAAAUCAAGAAGGUCAAGUGAUUUGAAAAUACAGAAAGAGACUGUGAGUUCCAAGCCACAUGGUACCACAUUACAGAGAAGAAAUGACAGUUACUCAGAAGAUAAGUGUGAUUCGGAAGCAACCAGUGUAGACAGUAACUUAAAACCAGAAGAAGCUGUUCACAAAGAGAAGCGAAGAACAAAGAGCUUGUUCGAAGAGAGACUUGCAUUAAAGUCGAAAUCAAAAAGUCAAGGUAAACUGUUAAAGGGAGUUGAAACAGAAUUACAGGAAAGUAUCAACAAGACAGUUGCCACUCCCAAACCUGAUAAGGACAAGAACCCAGAAGAAAGUGACUCAGAUAAGCAACGAAAAUCUAAAAGUGAAGACAGACCUGGUGAGGAACCUGCGUUAGAGAAUGCUGCUUCUUCAGGACAUGCCACUCAGAAGGAGUCUAGUCACAGGGCCAAGCUAGCAUUAGCCAAGGAGAAGUGGAAGAGUGAUAAAGAUUCAGGUCCUUCCAGGCUUGAGAGAAAGUUAGCAGAUGGGCACAAGAGCAGAAGCUUAAAGCACAGCAGUAAGGAUGUGAAGAAAAAGGACGAGAACAAGUCAGACGACAAGGAUGGUAAAGGUGACAGUAACCAUGAAAAAGCCAAAGGGAAUAGUUUACUAGAAAAGAAGUUAAGCCGGAAGUUGUGUGAAAAUCGAAGGGGAAGCUUAUCACAAGACAUAACCAAAGGAGAAGAAAAAUUAGCAGCAAUCACCUUGGGCACUUCCAGUAUUUCCUCCCUUCAGAGACCAAGAAAAAAUGUUGAGACCACCUUGAUCCCUGAACAGGAGCCAAUGGAAAUUGAUUCCGAGCAAGCCAGUGAAAAUGUGUCCACUGUCUCCAAAACUCAGGAAAGCAGCAGUAAUAGUACUCAGCAAAAUAUGGACUCUGAAAAUAUUGUAAAGCAAAAAAUGACUCUAGGUCUCAAAGAAGAAUUCAGAACUUCCACAGGAGAUUCGAGAACGGCAACCCCAGCCUUGAAGGCAGGGCGCGGAAUGGGAGCAGGUAACUCUGAGAAGCACCCUGGCCACAGGAGCACCCUGAGCAAGAAAGCUCACAGCCAAAGUGCAGUUUCCAGGGUGAGCCCCGAGGAACGAGAAGCAGUUCAUCCACGACCUCCCGAAGUGACUGUGAAUGCCGAAGCCAGCCCUCGAGUGCUACCUAGGAUGCCGUCAGAAAAUGACAGGCCACAAAAGAACUUGAAAAGCAUACCCAGAGCCACUGAAGAGCACGUCCCUCAAGGAGCAACAGCUCCAGAACAUUCCACAAAGGGAGACCUCUUGCCGUCCUGGAGCUCCGUAACUGUUGUGCCUCAGAAGGAGUCUCAGAACUCAGGUGUAAUUCCUUUAGCAGACAAAAGAACUGUGUUAGGAAGUGGGGCAGCCGGCACCUCACUUGCAGACCAUUCUGCUGUCCCUAAUCAGAGUUUGCAUCGUGGGGACUCAGAAGUCCCUCAGACAAGUGACAACAAAGAUGGCGAAAGUUCAUCUGUAGACACACCCACACAAACAAACAGGGAUAACAUCAGACACAUUCCAGAAGGUUCUCAGGCCACUGUUUUGCACAGCAAACAAGGAAAAGUCAGUAAACCUCAUGGUAGCAAGUUAACAGAUGCUGUGGAAAACACUCAUGUUAACAAAGAAGUUGUGUUAACAGGUAUGCCCAAGAAAGAGAAUGGUUUAAUUCCAGCACCCAGUUUAAAACAGAAUAUUAGAGCAAUUGUGAGUGAUAGCAAAAAUGACAGUAUGGCCCUUGAUCGGGUGGUAGGCAUAAAUACAGAAAAAGAUGCCAAAGGUAUUAAGCCUACAGCAGCAAUGAACUUAAACAGAGGCCCAGGUGACAGGGAUCGCCUGUCCGCUGAUGGUAAAAGGGGAACUGAAAACCGUGAAGUUGACACAAGUGCUGGAGAAGGUGGCACCAGGGAGUCCUCUGUUUUACACCAAAGAAGUAAAACCACUGAGAAUAUUACAGCUGGGUGUGGUGGAGCAGACAAGACUUCUCUUGCCACCAGUACUGAAGGGAAAGACAAAGUUGUCACAUUAGGCACAGUCAAGACCGGGGCUGCUACAACUACCUCUUCAGAGCCAGGAGAGAGCGAGGCAGCUCUGCCUUGCACAAGCAUCGAGGCAGACGAGGGCUUCAUAGCAGGUGCCUGUUCCAGAAAUGCCCGGCUGCAUGUGGGCGCAGAACCUAGCGAGUCCACUGUAUUUGCAGCAGCCGAAGAAGGUGGGGGUGUAGUCACAGAGGGAUUGGCCGAGAGUGAAACCUUCCUUACAAGCACCAAAGAAGGAGAAAGUGGAGAGUGUACCAUGACUGAUUCUGAAGAAAGAGCCACAGAUGGAGCGAUCGCCCAGGCGGGGAGAAGUGAGCAUAAUGUGAAUAGCAUCAGCACAGAAGAAAAAGAUGAUGCUGUUACCAGUGCUGGCUCUGAAGAAAAGUGUGGCGGUUCUUCAAGCAGAGACUCAGAAGGAGUUGCGGGCACUGUCACAUUUAUUAGUGAAGUUGAAAGUGAUGGUGCAGUCACAAGUGCCGGGACAGAGAUAAGAGAGGGGUCCUUAAGCAGUGAAGAGGUGGAUGAAUUCCAGAAAGUCAGGACAAGACCAGGCCCCGAGGGCACUGUGACAUGCACGGUGGCAGAAGGAAGAAGUGACAGCCUUGUAACUGGCGCGGGGCCCCAGGAGGAGCGCACGGUCACAGGUGCAAGUGUGGUCCUCGUUGAUAAUGAGGGGCCCCCUGGGACCAGUGCCAGCCAGGAGGGAGACGGUUCAGUGAACGAUGGUAUGGAAGGUGAGAGUGCAGUCACCAGCACUGGGAUCACGGAGGAAGACGGAGAUGGGCCUGCGAGCUGCACGGGUUCCAGUGCUGGCAACGCAGGCUUUGCCAUAAGUUCUGAAUCCGAAGAAAACGGGGAGAAUGCCAUGGACAGCACAGUAGCCAAAGAUGUCACCAAUACACCGUUAGUGGCCGUUGCCAGCCCUUGUGACGACGAAGGCAUUGUCACCAGCACAGGCGCAAAAGAGGAGGAUGAGGAAGGUGAAGGUGUUGUAACAAGCACUGGAAGAGGGAAUGAAAUUGGACAUUCUUCAACGUGCACAGAAAUAGAAGAUAACGAAGGGGCACUGAUUUGUGAGAGUGCAGAAGGGGACAGUCGGGUUGAUACUGCAGUAGAGCACGUGGAAGCCGAGGCAGGAGCCGCCACCAUAAAUGCAAGUGAAAGUGAUGUUGAUAGUGUGAGUGGUGCAGACAAGGAGAUGAAAGAGGCAGGCAUUUGCUCGAGCGCCAAAGGUAUCGUAGAAAGCAGCGUAACUUCAGCAAAGGCUGGAGAAGCACCAGUUCCUGAAAGCUUCGAGGGUCCCAUGACUAGCGCAGCAUCAAAUCAAAGUGACAGUCAGCUCAUCAGAAACAAAAAGGCAGAAGAUGCUACCAUUUCCACGGGCCUGGUGGGGGCCAGUUACGAAGCUCUUGUAUCCGGUGUAGUCCCAGAAUGUGAAGUUGACCACACACCAAGUGAAAAAGAAGACGAGGGCAUCAUAACCUCAGCAGAAAAUGAAGAGUGUGAUGGUCUCAUGGCUUCUACAGACAAUGAUGGUGGGACCAAUCAGAGUAAUUCAACUGAGGGUCAAAGUCAAGGCAAAAUCAUUUCCACCAGUACAACACAUGACUACACCCCUCCACUCAGCAUGAGUUUGAAUGUGGAGGGAGGUCAUUCGAGUGCUCUGAGACCUGGAGAAAAUGUGGACGAUGCUAGAGUGAACAUGGGAGAAUGUGAAGCCCCCAUGCCCAGUGCCACUUCAGGAGAUGAAGACCAACCCACUGCUGCCAGGAAUGAGGAGAAGGAUGAGUGCGCCAUGAUUUCCACGAGCCUAGGGGAAGAGAGCGAAGUGCCCAUUUCCAGCGCAACGGCCUUCAGUGGUGCCGAGCGGCAGCAGCUAGACACAGCUGUUGAAGAAAGGACCAAAGGCCCAAUUUCAAAGAGCGCUGAGGACUUUGAGGCACCCAUGCCCAGCGCAGAAGCGAAGAGUCCUCUGGCCUCCACCAGCAAGGAAGAAAAAGAUGAGUGUGCACUUAUUUCCACAAGCAUCACAGAAGAAUGUGAGGCCUCUCUUUCCAAUGUUGCCGUAGGAAGUGUGAGCAAGCAAUCCGUUACAGCCCUGGAAGAAAAAGAUGGGAGUGCGAUCAUCUCCACCAGUUCCGUGGAGGACUGUGAGGGCCCUGUGUCCAGCGCAGCCCGGGAGGCCGGCCACUCCUCCAUGCCUGCCGAGGACCUCAGUGACACCGCCAUGAUUUCCACGAGCACCUCUGAAGGACGUGAGGCAAUUGUGGUGGGUGCUGUCCCACAGGAGGAGGACCCGAGUGAUGCCGCCAUCAUCUCCACCAGCACGACAGAAUGUACACUGACCGUCGGCCUGGACAAACAGGAAGAGAACCGACUCACCACAAGAACCGCAGAAGGAAACGGCCUGGCUGCUACACAGAGGAACAAGCACGCUGCUCCCACCUCCAACCUCAUCACAGAGGGUGACUGUCUGUGUCCCGCAUCCUUCAUGCAAGUAGCUCCAGCCAAGGCAGGAGGCAUGGAGGAAGGCCACCAAAGUGUGUGCUCAGCAGGCGGAGCCCAGCUGACUGCUGUGUGUGGAGGAGAGAGAGGACAGUGUGAGGACACCACAAGCCUCGGAAACUCCCAAGAGAAGACUGGAAAGCCGAACUCUGCUCAGAGGCAAGGUCAAAGCCAUGAGACUGGGGCAGCAGGGAGGCGCUCACCCACAACUGAUCCAUCCAGAAGGGACUUAGAGAUGAGUGCGCUCUCCCUCCUCAGCCUUCAAGGACCAGAAGUAGCAUGUGGGCAGACAGCUGAGGACUCCUCUGUCAGUAUUCACUGUUUGGCAGCAAUAAAUACCGGAGCCAGCAAAGCUGACCUGCCAGAUCCUCAGGACGCUGCUGCAGGCCCUUCCUCCGCUCCCGCUGGCCUUGGGGCACCUGCAGACUGCUUGAAAUCCACCACCACUAUCCGGUGUACCAGUGGCCAUGAGCCAGAAGUCGCUCCCCCUGACUCUCCAGCCCUGCCAGCCAGUGAUGGAGCCCAGUCACUGCCUCCAGAGUGUGAGCGGGACUCAGCUGGGAAGAGGGAGCCUGGUGGCAAGAGGACCGCCCGUGGGAAGUCGGGAGAUGGCAGCGUCAGGACCCAGUAUGGGCAGGAGGAAAGUGGCUUGUUUCUUGGCACUGUUGCUUCUGAAGGAAGUCAUGGUGAAAUAGGCAAUGAAGACUCUUCACCGCAUGAUUUGGAAGGAUUGGAACUGAAUGCCAACUUGAAAACUGAGACACUUGUGCCUUCCACAGAGGAUAAAACAGAAGUUCACACACCACCAGAAAGUCCCUGUGUGGAGAAGCCCAGUGCAGGAGUUGAGCCACAGAAGACAUCGUCUGUGGAGAACGACUCACUGCAUGUUGAAAAUUCAGACUCAAGAACAAAUGAAGACACUCAUAGCAAGUCUUUGGACAAAGGAGAGAUUUCCACUGGUAAAAAGGCUGACACAGGAGCUGUAAGAGAUCACACUGGUGAAGCAAAUGCUAAGGAGGUACUCCAAGAAGAAGAAAGGCAUACAGCUAGAAGAAAACGAAAGAAACAUUAUCCGUCUUCAGACGAUGACCUAGAUGAUAAUCCAGAUGGCAUAGUUUCCACACAGAGACAGUGCUCAGAAACGGAGCCACAAGAUGCAAAGGAAGAGAGCUCUGGCGAUUCAGAAGAACUGCCUGCAAGCCGUAAGUCAAGUAACACUGUUCCAAAGGCCAUAGAAGAAAAAGAUGACAGCAGCUGCGGUGACACCAUGGGCGACAAGACUGAGCAAAAUGAAGAGGACAGCCUGAAAUCCCAGGAGGAAGAUCAGCCUGUGAUUAUAAAAAGGAAAAGAGGGAGGCCUCGGAAACACCCUGUAGAAGCCACAUCUAAAACAAAAGAGGACACCAGGCCAGACCCCAGCAUUGGCACAGUUGAACAAUCUCCACCUAACAGUAAAGUGAAAGUAAUACAAACAGAUGAAUCCAGUAAAGACACAGCUAGCCCACAAGAAAGAAGCCUAAGUGCUGAUGAUAGUGAAGAAAAGGCGGGGACAGGAGCACGUCGGAGAGGAAGGAAGCCCAGGCGCUCGCUCACGCUCUCCGAUGAGGCCGAAUCCUCAGAGCCAGAAAGAAAACGCCAGAAAUCUGUAUCUGAUGCAUCUGAAGACAAGAAGGAUCAGGAGUCUGAUGAGGAAGAGGAAGAAGAAGAGGAGGAGGAGCCCUCAGGAGCCACCACUCGGUCCACCACCAGAUCGGAGGCACAGAGAUCCAAGACCCAGAUCUCCCCCACCUCCAACAAGCGCAAGAGAGAAGCCAGCCCUCCAGGGACCCGGACACGGGGCCAGCAGCAGCGAGUGGAGGAGGCCCCAGCCCCUGUGAAAAAGGCGAAGCGAUGA